AUGCAAGCCGUCAAUCGUCUCAUCUUUGGCCCCUCCCCGGAAGAAAAGGUCCGCAAAUGGCAACAGCAACUGAAACAACAAUCGCGCUCGUUGGACCGCGAGAUCCGACAACUCGACACCGCGUCCAACAAGGUCAAACAGCAAGUACGCAAGUUGGCCACCCAGGGCGAUUUCAAGAAUGCAAAGCUGUUGGCGAGGGAGGUCGUCAGGAGCAACAAGCAAAAGGAUCGCUUGCAUACCAGUCAAGCGAGGUUGAACUCGAUCAAUAUGCAGUUGACCCAUCAGCUCGGUCGGUCAGCCAGCCUCGUCCAGCCUGGCCGACCAUUCACUUGGAUCACUGACCCGCUUAUUCAUCCCGCAGCGACGGUCAAGAUCACCGGCACCCUACAAAAGUCGACCGAGAUCAUGAAGCUGUCGAACCAACUCAUCUCGCAACCCCAACUCUCGGCGACGAUGCGCGCCAUGUCGCAAGAGAUGAUGAAGGCCGGCAUCAUGCAAGAGAUGAUGGACGACACCCUCGACGCCAUCGACGACGACGAGGAAGAGCUGGAGGAGGAGGCGCAGGAAGAGGUCGACAAGAUGCUGUGGCAGAUCACCGAUGGAAAAUUGGGCCAGGCGAAUGGCAAACUCGGCACAUUACCUGUCCGUUCCCACUUCCUCCUAGCGUGCAGCGUACCGAAAAGAACACUGACCCCAUGAUUUUCCACAGCAAAAGACGGGUCCAACACCGGAAGAGAUACAAAAGGACGAAGAGAUGGAACGAGCGAUCGCCGGCCUACUCGCCUAG